CAAUGUUCAAUUAAAGUGUAAAAGUGUACAUCAAAAAAACUUUUUUAUUUUAUAUUUUAUGUACAAUAGAUAUAAAUAUUUAGAUUUACUUGUAAACGUACAUUUAUUACGAUUAUCGAUUCAUUAAAUCUCAUCAAUAGUAUAAAUUUAUUAGAUACUGUGUAUCAAAAAAUAAAUUAUAAGAUAAAAUUAAAAGAUGAGUCGCAAAGAAGCAUUAUCUCAAUUUAUCCAACAGAUACAUGGACGUCCUGUUGUUGUAAAGUUAAAUAGUGGUGUAGAUUAUAGAGGUGUUUUAGCUUGUCUUGAUGGUUAUAUGAAUAUAGCACUUGAACAAACAGAAGAAUAUGUAAAUGGCCAAUUGAAAGAUAAAUAUGGUGAUGCAUUUAUUCGUGGUAAUAAUGUAUUAUAUAUUAGUACACAAAAACGUAGAACUUAAGUAAAAUAAAUAUAUAAUUUAUAUUA